AUGUUUGUGGGAAGUCCUCUUAGAGCUGCCAUGGAAAGAACUCAAGAACUCUAUUCCAAUGAUGAGCAGAGCAUAGAAGAAAACCUACCAGCUCAAGAAGAAAUGAAUACCACCGUGGAAAUCGAAUCAUCGUCCAUACCUCAAUCAAAGAAUCACAAGAGGUGGCUUCAUAUCUCCAUUUAUGUAUUCUUUGUCCUCUCCUGCCAAGCACUAGCUACAAUUCUUGGUAGAUUGUACUACGAAAAUGGUGGUAAGAGCACAUGGAUGGGAACACUUGUCCAACUCAUAGGCUUCCCUGUUCUGUUUCUCUUCCGCUUCUUCUCCCAAAUCAAAGCCCCCAAAUCAACAGAUACAACAACUUCCAUCCAGUUUCCUUCUUUCACCACUCUUGGAUCAGUUUACAUUAUCACUGGACUGUUAGUCUCUGCUAACUCUUAUAUGUCUUCCAUUGGUUUACUCUACUUACCAGUUUCUACUUUCUCACUCAUCUUGGCCUCACAAUUAGCCUUCACUGCCUUCUUCUCAUACUUCCUAAACUCACAAAAGUUCACACCUUUCAUUGUAAAUUCUCUGUUUCUCCUCACCAUUUCCUCUGCUCUCCUUGUGGUCAACACCGAGUCUCAAAACACAACAAACGUUUCAAGAGUAAAAUAUGUUAUAGGGAUCAUAUGCACCAUUGGUGCUUCUGCUGGGAUUGGUCUGCUUCUAUCUCUUGUACAGCUGAUCCUCAGGAAGGUUUUAAAGAAGCACACAAUCUCAACGGUCAUGGAUUUGGUCGCUUACCAGUCUCUAGUUGCAAGUUGUGUGGUUCUCAUAGGACUUUUUGCGAGUGGAGAGUGGAACACUUUGACCAGUGAGAUGAGAAGCUACAAACUUGGGAAAGCGCCAUAUGUUAUGACUUUGGUCUCUAUAGCUAUAUCUUGGCAAGUCUACACCAUUGGUGUUGUGGGGUUGAUCUUUGAGUCAUCUUCUGUGUUCUCUAACUCUAUAACUGCUGUUGGAUUGCCUAUAGUUCCGGUAGUAGCAGUGAUUGUUUUCCAUGAUAAAAUGAAUGCAUCAAAGACCUUCUCCAUCAUUUUAGCUAUGUGGGGCUUCAUUUCAUUUGUUUAUCAGCACUACCUCGACGAAAAGAAGAUUAGCCAUACAAAUCCUGUAGAAGUUACUCGUCUACCGGUUGAGGAAGGUCACAGAGACAUUCAAAUAGUAUGA